UGCAUGUUCUCUAUCGUCCUCCCAAGUCCCAAGCACAUAAAAACACUCCUCUCCACACAGCAAGCAGGUACAGCCAGCAGGAUGAAGCUCAGACUAAAAGGCUUCGGCCUCCUCCUUCUCCUUGUCCUGCUUGCUCUCUGCUCCACCAUUGAUGUCUGCGACGCAGCAAGGAGAGGCAAGCAUUGGAGGCCAAGGAGCUCACCAAGCUCCUCCAUGCUCAAGAGGAAGGGCAAAACAAAGAAGGGCAGCUCCCAUCGGCAGCACGGAGGCAGCCGGCCGAGCCCCAAGCAGCCUGUCAGCCCGCCGCCGGGCCCUGGUGCUGCCAAAGGGUACCAGACGCCAUACCAACCAAGCCCCAAUGCGCCGCCAGGUCCAAGCCCGCAGCCCAGCCCUGCUAAAGGCAAUGGACAUCAGAGUCCUAAACCUCCGCCUCCAAGCUGUGGAAAGGGCAAUCAGCCGCCGCCACAGCCACCACCGGCCACCUCGGAGGGCGCUGUCUUCAACGUGGUUGAUUUUGGAGCCAAGGGUGAUGGAGUUUCAGAUGAUACAAAGGCCUUUCAAGCGGCGUGGGCUGCGGCGUGCAAGCAGGGGGCAUCGACAGUUCUCGUACCAUCAGAACUAGAGUUCCUUGUUGGCCCAAUCUCGUUUUCUGGGCCUUACUGCAAACCAAACAUUCUUUUCCAGCUGGAAGGAACGAUCUUAGCCCCAACAAAUGCUAAAGCCUGGGGUUCUGGUUUGCUUCAAUGGCUUGAAUUCACCAAACUAAAUGGAUUAUCAAUUCAAGGAAGUGGUACCAUAAACGGUAGGGGGCAACAGUGGUGGACCUACUCAGACCCAAAUGACGAUGAAGAUGAUGACACAUACAAUCAGGAGCUUGAGAGGAUGCCACAGGUUAAACCUACGGCAUUGAGGUUUUAUGGUAGUUCCAACGUCGUAGUGGCUGGUAUCACUAUUGUCAACAGCUCACAGUGCCAUCUCAAGUUCGACAACUGUCAAGGAGUGCUGGUCCACGACCUGACAAUAUCCUCCCCUGAGAACAGUCUCAACACUGACGGCAUACACCUGCAGAACUCAAAAGAUGUCAGCAUUCAUCAUACUAAUUUGGCUUGCGGUGACGAUUGUAUCUCCAUCCAGACAGGAUGUAGCAAUAUUUAUAUACACAAUGUCAAUUGUGGACCAGGCCAUGGAAUCAGCAUUGGUGGACUAGGCCGGGACAACACAAAAGCAUGCGUCUCUAAUGUUACAGUAAGAGAUGUCAACAUGUUCAGAACAAUGACUGGUGUCAGAAUCAAGACCUGGCAGGGUGGUAUAGGGCUGGUUCAAGACGUAAGGUUCUCAAACAUACAAGUCUCUGAAGUUCAAACACCUAUUAUGAUAGACCAGUUCUAUUGUGACAAAAGAACCUGUACAAAUCAAACAUCAGCAGUGGCAGUGUCAGGCGUUCAGUAUGAGAACAUCAGGGGAACAUUCACGAUCAAGCCAGUCCAUUUAGCAUGCAGUGAUAGCUCACCUUGUUCUGGAAUCACACUUACUGGAGUACAACUUAAACCAGUGCAAGUACCCCACUACCACCUAAACAACCCUUUCUGCUGGCAAGCUUUUGGGGAACUCUUCACUCCAACCAUCCCUCCCGUAGCUUGUUUGCAGAUUGGAAAACCUGCUGGGAACAACGUGCAGUCAUACCAUGACAUAUGCUGAAACACAGAAAGUACCGUCAACCAUUAGUUGGUGCUUACCCAUGAGUGGUCGUUGUGAUGCUUCCGACCCCUUUGCACCAUUGCUUGGUCAUGUGCAUAUUAGCAUAUACACAGUUAUUUUUUAUGUUCUGUUAUCACAGCAUGUGUGUCACAUUUGCCGUAGAGCAAACAUAUAUAUUCUCAUAUGAAAUGGUCAGGCAGCAAGGUUA